GAUUAAUUGAAAAAGCAGUGGAAUUGUGUGGGAAUGCAGAAGGCAAAAUUGACCUAAUAAUUCAUGCUGCAGCAAUAAAACCAAACAUAGAUGAUGUUGCACCAUACUUCAAGACUGAACCAGGCUUGCCCCAGAUACACUUGGAGGGAAAUCGACUCGUCCUUACGUGCCUUGCCGAAGGCAGCUGGCCCUUGGAAUUUAAGUGGUUACACAAUGACAGUGAAAUAACCACCUACUCCAGUGAAUACAAGUACAUCAUCCCAGCUUUGCAGAGGUCUGAUGCUGGCUUUUAUCAGUGCGUUGUACGGAACAGGAUGGGGGCACUGCUGCAGAGAAGAUCUGAAGUUCAAGUGGCAUACAUGGGAAAUUUCACGGACGCCAACCAGAGAAAAACAGUGACUGAAGGACAAGCUGCAGUUCUGAACUUCCUGCACAUCCUCAGCUAUCCAAGACCACAAGUGACGUGGUUUAGAGACGGGCACAAGAUUAUACCAAGCAGCAGAAUAGCCAUCACACUGGAGAAUCAGCUGGUCAUCCUUGCAACUUCAGUGACUGAUGCAGGAGGCUACUAUGUCCAGGCUGUCAAUGAAAAGAAUGGGGAGAACAAGACAAGUCCAUUUAUUCACCUCAGCGUAGCAAGUGCCCCAGACCCCUCUGGCACCGUGGCUCCUGUCAUCCUCAUCCCUCCACAGAACACCAGCGUCGUGGUGGGGAGCAGCGAAGUCACACUGGAGUGUGUGGCCAGUGCAAGACCUUUUGAGAGAUUAAGCAUGACCUGGAAGAGAAAUGGAAUAAAAAUAACCACUGGCAUUAGCAGUUUUGGGAGACGACUCACGAUCACCAACCCAACCUCUGCUGAUGUGGGGAUGUAUGUCUGUGAAGCUGAAUUGAGAGACAGCACAGAGGAACCAGCAAGAGCAAAAGCCUUCCUUUCUAUCAUGGAACCACCAUAUUUUACGGCUGAACCUGAGGCUGUGAUUUUGGCUGAAGUGGAGCAAGACGUGGACAUCCUGUGCCAGGCGAUGGGUGUUCCCAUCCCCACCCUGGUCUGGUACAAGGACUCUGUUCCUCUCAGCAAGCUAGAAAACCCCCGCUACAAGGUGCUGCUGAGCGGUGGGCUGCGGAUCCACGCCCUGCGUCCUCAGGAUGCUGGGAUCUUCCAGUGUUUUGCCAGCAAUAAAGCUGGGGAAAUACAGACAUACACCUACCUGGAUGUGACUAACAUUAAACCAGCAUUUAUCCAGCCUCCUGAGGACACCACUGUUACAGAGGGGAUGACCGCCGUGCUCACCUGCCAAGUUUCAGGGGCUCCCAAACCUGCCAUCUCAUGGAAGAAAGGAGAGCAGAUCUUAGCCAGUGGCUCAGUUCAGAUGCCUCGGUUCAUUCUCCUUGAGUCUGGAGGGCUCCAGAUAACACCCGUUUUCCUCCAGGAUGCUGGCAAUUAUACUUGCUGUGCAGUCAACUCUGAAGGAGCUCUGAAUGCUUUUGUGAUGCUGACAGUGUGGAACCGCACUUCCAUUGUUCACCCUCCUGAGGACAGCACUGUGAUCAAAGGAACCACAGCCACUCUGCGGUGUGGAGCAACUCAUGAUCCCAGAAUUUCAAUCAGGUACCUUUGGAAGAAGGACAGUGUUGUAAUAAAUCCAUCCAGCAGUUCCAGGAUAACACUAGAAAAAGAUGGAACUCUCCUCAUCAGCCAGACUUGGUCAGGUGACAUUGGAGACUAUACUUGUGAGGUCAUUUCUUUUGGAGGAAAUGAUUCCAGAAUGGCUCGGCUAGAAGUGAUUGAGCUGCCUCAUUCUCCUCAGAACCUUGUGGCCUCCCUGAACUCCUCGUUCAGCCGCAGCGUGGUGCUCUCGUGGGUGCGUCCCUUCGAUGGGAACAGCCCCCUUCUCUACUACAUGGUGGAGCUCUCUGAGAACAAUUCUCCCUGGAAAGUUCACCUGUCAAAUCUUGACCCAAAGAUGACUGGUGUCACUGUGAGUGGACUCACACCAGCUCGAACCUACCAGUUCAGGGUGUGUGCAGUUAACCAGGUGGGAAAGGGCCAGUACAGCUCUGAAACCAGCAGGUUGAUGUUACCUGAGGAGCCCCCCAGUGCCCCACCUAAAAACAUAGUGGCCAGUGGGCGCACCAAUCAGUCCAUCAUGGUCCAGUGGCAGCCUCCUCCUGAGAGUGAACAUAACGGAGUUCUUCAUGGGUACAUCCUAAGGUAUCGCCUGGCUGGGCUCCCUGGGGAAUACCAGUAUAAGAACAUCACCAGUGCAGAAAUUAACUACUGCUUAGUGAAAGACCUCAUCAUUUGGACCCAGUAUGAAAUCCAGGUGGCAUCUUACAACGGAGCUGGGCUGGGAGUGUUCAGCAGACCGGUGACAGAGUACACUUUACAGGGAGUGCCUACAGCUCCACCACAGAACGUGCAAGUCGAAGCUGUGAAUUCCACAACCAUCCAGUUCCUCUGGAACCCUCCACCCCAGCAGUUUAUCAAUGGCAUUAACCAAGGAUACAAGCUUCUGGCAUGGCCAGUGGAUGCUCCAGAGACUGUGACUGUGGUCACCAUUGCUCCCGAUUUCCACGGUGUUCAUAGCGGCUGCAUCACCAACCUGAAGAAAUACACUGCUUACUACACAUCAGUCCUGUGCUUCACCACGCCUGGUGAUGGGCCACGGAGCACACCCCAGCUCCUGCACACCCUGGAAGACAAGCCAGGAGCGGUGGGACACCUGAGUUUCACUGAGAUUCUGGACACGUCUCUCAAGGUCAGCUGGCAAGAACCUGUAGAGAAAAAUGGCAUCAUUACAGGGUACCAGAUCUCCUGGGAGGUGUAUGGCAGGAACGAAUCUCGUCUGGCCCGCACGCUGCCCAGCACAACGCUGGAGUACAAGAUCACGGGGCUGUCCUCCCUCACCACCUACACCAUCGAGGUGGCAGCUGUGACCUCCAAAGGCAGCGGGUGGGUCACCUCCUCCACCAUCUCUUCUGGUGUGCCCCCAGAACUUCCAGGUGCUCCAUCCAACCUGGUGAUUUCCAACAUCAGCCCUCGCUCCGCCACGCUGCAGUUCCGCCCAGGGUACGAUGGCAAAACCUCCAUCUCAAAGUGGAUAGUCGAAGGCCAGGUUGGUGUACUGGGUGAUGAAGAAGAGUGGGUGAGACUUUGUGAGGUGGAGAAUGAACCUGAUGCUCAGAUGCUGGAGGUACCAAACCUUACUCCAUACACUCAUUACAGGUUCCGCAUGCGGCAGGUGAACGUGGUGGGGCCCAGCCCGCUGAGCCA